AUGACUUCAUCUCUGGCGCCCGACGCGCGACCGAGCCUCCCCGUGCCGACCGAUACUUCGAGCGAUCCCUUCACCAGCAACCCGAACCGCUCGACGCCGCAUAGAUUCUCCAACUUCGACCAUGAAUUCUUCGCCACCGGGCCGGGCUUAUCGCCGACGCAGGCGAAGCGCGCCCUCGAGGCCCACCUGGCCGAAACGGACCGUCGCUUAGACGAGGCUGCCAAGCUGGGCACCGCUCUCGUCUCCCAGCGCAAGGCGCUGGCGGAGCAGCUUCAGGAGGUGGGAAAGAUCCAGGCCGAAGGCGAGCUGGGCCCGGAUCUUCGCAAGAAGUUGGUCGACAUCGAGAGGGAAUACAAUGAUCUGGCGCGCGAAUCCACCAGGGCAUUCUUGCCCAAGCAGAGAGUGUCCAGCCAUGAGGCCAAUGCCGCCGGCUCCCCAUACGUGCCAGAUGGCCGCGGCAAAAGACGAUCUAUCAGUCCGACCAAGUUUGAGAGUCAAGCGACCGGCUCUCCGACGAAGCUCAGCGUCCCGAACCGCAAAAUUAGAAAUCAACCAUCCAACCGCGUGCACGACAUCGAGUUCGCUACCGAGAUCAGCACAUCGCUCAUCGCCCAAGUUCGGAAUCUGCAAUCACUGCUGUCAGAGCGCGACGACGAGGUCAAGAAUCUGCAGGCGGACAAGACCAGAUUCGAGAUCGAGUCCGAGAGCCUGCAGCAGCGCGUCAAGUCCCUCGACGAGAGCGAGCAUCGCUACAAGGAGGAGAACUGGAACCUCGAGACCCGGCUGCAGGAAGUCUCCCUGCAACAGAGGGAGGCUGCCGAUCGCGAGAAGAAGCUGAUGCAGGCCCUGAACCUCAACGGCGCGGAGAAGACGGCGGCCCAGAAGGAACUGGACGAGACGAAACUCUCCCACUCGAGGCUCACCGAGGAGCAUGUCGCCGUGGUCAAGCACCACGAUAUCGAGCUCGGCUCCGCGAAGCGCAACCUGGCCAUUGCCGAGAGCGAACGAGCGGCCAUGCAGCGCAAGAUUGACGAGCUGACCAGCCAGAACCAGGAGCUCGCCAAGGCCUUUUCCCUCCAGCGUGGACGGGCGGUCGAACGGGAACCCGUCUCGGGCGUGAGCGAGGAUGACCUCGACAUGGCGACCGACAACGUCACGCCUGAGCACUCACCCCCGCCCUCGCCCAUCAAAGGCACGCCGAGGCACUCCGUGUUGGAAACGGAGACGAUGAAGUCUUCCCUGCACCACGCCCAGCGCACCCUCCAGAGCCAACGCAGCCAGUUGCAUCGUGAAAAGACGGAAAAGCUUGAGCUCCGUCGCAUCAUCCAGGACCUCCGCGAUGACCUCGAGAAGGCCAGAAGCGAAGCAGGCGCAGGCUCGUCGAGACGGAGCCGAAAGGUAGAUUCCAGGGAGUUCAAGAAGUCGCAGCGCCUUCUCGGUAGCUUCCGCUCGAGCAAGCAGGUCAUCUUGACCGAUGACCCGGAAUGGGAGGACAACAACGAUGCUUCUCCCGGUGUCUCGUCCGCGGGACCGGCCCCGCGCGGUGGCUCAAACGUCGCCAAGCCGAUGGAUGCCAGCGAUCAUUUCGAGACGGCCAACGAGGCUAGCGAAUCUGCUUUCGAGACGGCCAACGAACGUGCUACCGAGACGGAAGACUUCCAGACCGGGAACGAACGCGUCUCCGGGAGCGACGAUGCCGAAACGGAAACCGAAGGUCUCUCCAUCGCGUUUGGCCGGAUGAGACGACCGCCUAGCUUGCCCGCUGGCUUGGCCCGGCAUUCCACGCGACUCUCCUUCGACAGUACGGCAUCUACGUCCGCCGACGAGGAUGACGUCGGGGAGAUGAGAACGCCGACGGCGACCUUGUCUACGCAGAGGAGCCGACUCCGAUCCGGCCGCGGUCCCCUCUCUCGGAGUUCUCGACAGACCAGCGAGGAGCCCAGCUUCCGAAGCAGUCCGGCGAGCUUCAUCAGCACCGGCACUCCUCAGCUACCAGGUCAAAGUCUCUUCACCGAGCUGCAAGAUGUCGGAGCGAGCGACGAAGAGUCCUACGCCGGCACCCCCAGCCGCCGCAGCCUUCGCUCGUACACCGGCUCGACCCGCCGCACCGUGUCCCCUGCCCCGGCCAUCCCCGAGUUGCGCAGAGCCGUCAUGGUGGACAGCAGCGUCAUGACGGAUCCCGUCAAGAUCACGACGGAGCUGUUCGUCGAGGACGCCGCCCAACGCCCCACCUCGAUGCAGUCCGUCAUCAACGCACCUCUCAACCUCGGCUCGGUCGCGUGGAGGAACAGCCGGGGCCUCGACUCGGACCCAUCGCGGCCGCAGUCCUACGUUUCCUACAGUGACGCCGGUGCCCAGCACGAGCAUGAUUUCGACGAGAAGCUUUCCCAGUUUCCCGUGCCCCCGACAUCACACUCGCCGGCCGCUUCGUUGGUCCAGCCGCCCUUGGCGUUCUCCCCUAUCCAAUCCGAGGACGUCCAGCCGCGCGAGGAGCUUGCCGUGCCUCCCGCCUCGCCCACUCUCCGCCUGUCGUCUCUCGCCACGCAAAACGUUGAACCCGUGGCCGAACCCGAGAGCCCGCGGCCUGUGCUCGCGCUGUCGACGAUUGCGGCCCACGCUUCCGAGCCUGUGCCCGAGCCAGAGAUCCCGCAGCCUGUGCUCGCGCUGUCAACGAUUGCGGCCCACGCUUCCGAGCCUGUGCCCGUGCCCGAGGCUCCGCCGCCCGUGCUCGCGCUAUCGGCGAUCGCGGCCCACGCUUCCGAGCCGGUACCCGAGCCGGAGGCUCCACCGCCCGUGCUCGCGCUGUCGGCGAUUGCGGCCCACGCUUCCGAGCCGGUGCCUGAGCCGGAGACCCCGCGGCCUGUGCUCGCGCUCUCCACCAUCGCGACCCAAGGCUCGGAGCCUGUGGCCGAGCCUGAACCUCGGCGCCCAGAGUUGACCUUGACGUCCCUCUCGACAGCGGUGAUCGAAGCCGUUGCCGUGCCACCGCCAUCCUUGACCCUGUCUACGCUCGCCAUUCACGCGUUCGAGCCCGAACCCGAGCCCGAGCGUGAGGUGGCAGCUGCCGUCGUUCCGCUACCCGUCCCGGUCGCGCAGCCGCUCACCUUGUCGGCUGUCAUGUCCGAGCACCUCGUUCCCGUCAGCGAACCGACAAUCGUCGCCGCUCUCCCGCCCCUCAGCUUUUCAUCCGUUCGAGGCGAGCAGCUCGAGCCCGUCGAGGCUCCCGAGGUCGCUCCCGUCCGGCCGUCGCUCGUUUACUCGGGCAUCGCCGCGGAGCAUGUUGGACCGGUGCCUGAGCCCCAGCCUAUCCCGCCCACACUGGGACUGUCCUCCAUCGUCACCGAAGGCACGCUUCCGGUGAUGGAGCUGCCUCCCCUCCCACCCAUGCUUGCGCUAUCGUCGAUAGCGUUUGAGAACGUGGAACCCGUGAGUCCUGUGCUGGAGACGCAGCGAGCACCCAGCUUUGACCACUCUCCGGAUGAAUCGACCGAGAAAGCACCCGUCUCGCUUCGCAGCCGCAAGAGGGAUGGCCUCAUCUCCCCUAUGUGGGAUGAGAGCCUUCUACUGGAUGCUGAGACGGACCGGCCCGAGACGCCGCCGAACGGCAAGGUGCACGGUUCCGUGCCCUCGCGUAACAAGUCGAUGGACGUCCCUCCCGUCAUCGCCGAAGACGAGACUCGCCAAUCUCCCGGCGGUUCUCGAGACGCGGAGAUGCCCGAUUCGCAGCGACUGCUCAAGGAAAUAUCGAGCAACUCGAACGCUCAGCCGUCGCGGAGGAAGCUGGCGACGAUGAGCGACCAGGGUGCCCAGACCGUUUUGACCUCGGGCGCCAUCGGUACCUUCCUCAGCGGCGGCAGCCACAGAAAGGGAGCAUCUGUGAGCUCCGCCGCCAGCGUUGACACCACAGGGACGGCCCGGAUCCGCAUGUCCCAGGAGAGCUUUGACGACUUGAUGCGCCGCGAGGCGACUGACGACUCGGGGGCGCUGGAGACGUCGCCUGCCUCGAGGCCCAGCAGUUCCGCCAGUAGGAAGGGCUCCAUGCAGCAGGUGCCGCCGCUCCCUUCCAAUCACCGGCAGAUGAUCGACGCGGCGCGGUCGAGCUCCUCACGCAGCCAACGGGGCAGCAUGGGCCCUCCUUUGUGGCCGGCAUCGGCGAUGAAGCAGCGUCCUCGCACGCCACGCCAACCCGGCGCUCCCCCUGUCGCAUCCGGCCGUGACGCACCGGCAUCGCGGGGCUCCCGCACCGGCUCGGCUUAUGGCACGGCCGAAGUGCAGUCGCCCGGAAAGCGUUCGAUGCGCUCCAGGCAGUCUUCCGUAUCCUCUUUUGCCUCGGAACUCGACUCUCGGUUCAACAUACGCCCCGGCGACAUGAGCAUGAGCAUGACGAUGGCCCCGGCGGGAUUCAGCUCCAACACGGAUCCCCGGAUGAUCCAAGCGAUCACGCAGACCAUGAUUGGUGAAUACUUGUGGAAGUACACGCGAAAGACGGGCCGAGGCGAGAUGUCGGAGAGGCGACACAGGCGCUACUUCUGGGUUCACCCGUACACUCGAACCCUGUACUGGAGCGACCUGGAUCCGUCGACGGCGGGCCGCACCGAGCUCAAGGCCAAGAGCGUUCCCAUCGAAGGCGUGCGGGUCGUUACGGACGACAACCCGAUGCCUCCCGGCCUGCACCGCAAGAGCCUCGUCAUCAUCUCCCCCGGCCGCACCAUCAAGUUCACCUGCAUCACGGGCCAGCGACACGAGACGUGGUUCAACGCCCUCUCCUACCUGCUGCUGCGCACCGGGCAGGAUGGCCAGUCGGAGGCCGAGGAAGUGGCGGAGCACAUUACCCGCGAGGACGUGGACGAGUUCAACGUCCAGUUCGACCGGCGGCCGGCCGACGGCAACGGUUCGGUGGCUCCUCCGUCGUUGUCGUCGUACAACUCCCGCGCAACGCGCGUCGAGCCGGCCGACGAAAUAUCCAUCGCCGUUCCCACACUGACGCCCACGACGCACAAGCAAGCGUCGGCAACGAAGGCGCCGGCGGGCACGUUCAGCAAGCUGAGCGGCUACUGGAAGGCUGGCGCGCCGAAAUUCUCCGACACCUUGUCCAGCCUGCGUGGCCGUGGCCCUCAGCAGGACGCGAGCAUCUACGAGGCUAGCCAGGUGCACGACAGCGCGGAGGAUAUCCGGGAAAUGAUCGAGCGGCAGGAUAGGGAAUCUGAUCGACUCGAGAACGUGAGAGCCUGCUGCGACGGUGAGUGCCUGCCGGCCGGCGGAACCGAGAGGAGAACUGCCAAGACUAACGACGCACGUAGGCAAGCACGACGUCGGCACGUUGCACCGCGAUUCGAGAAGAGGCCGCGGGCACCCUGCGCACUCGCACCCGGGGCCUGCUUCCUCGCAGACACCGGCGGCGCCCGCGCGCCCUCGAAGCUAGGAGACGGGCCGUCCGAGCACGACAUGUCGCGAAGCGAGGUGACAGUGGCGUUGACGUAA